UCACUACGCAUGUUCAGAUCAAUUAAAACUUCCAACCAACUCGACUCGUCUUCCUGGUUUCCCAGUUGUCUGAACACGAGAAGAAGAAAAAAGGUGUGAAAAGGUCCAGAAACGACCCUGACCAUGCGGUAACGCCAGACCAGGGAGGUGUAGUCUUGUCCGAGAGAAGAGCUGACGGGACUGGUGGAAAGUUUUGGCGAUCGAUACAAACAUUUACAAAAGAGGGAGGGAAAAAUCCGAACAGAUUGUGUACAGGCUCAACCAUGGCAGGCCGUGUUGUGUACUCCAGUGCAGUAAUACUGCUGCUGUGUGUGGUACAGAUCAGUCUCACCUCCGACUCACACUACACGAACUACUGGGUGGUACGGGUGCCCGGCGGGGAGGCUGCUGCCCGGGACGUGGCCGCCAGGAACGGGUUCAAAUACCUCCAUAAGUUUGACCACCUUGCGGACCACUACACCCUACUGCACGAUCAGACUGAAGCUCGAUCCAAGAGGAGUGCGGAUAAUGUGAACACAAAGCUGGCGUCGGACCCCCAGGUGCACUGGCUGGCCCAGCAGGUGGCACACAAGCGGGUGAAACGGCAGCUGUUUGCAGACGAGGAUCCCUUUGCUUGGAAAGAGGAGACCUUUGUUGGAGACGAGUACCCUGAUAUCUCGCUGAGUGAGAGCAGGAGGGAAGAGAUGAUGGCAAAGAGAGGAGAAAUACCAGACGAGCAGAGUUCUGAGGUGGAACAGGAAAAGAAAAGCUCUGAUGGAGACAAGGCGGAGGCACGGGCGGCCGUGGAUGACUUUGUGAACUCUGUCAUUGAGCAAGGUCACAGCGAGAAGGUGGACCACAUGGUCAAGUUUAACGACCCUGAGUACAGCAGGAUGUGGUAUUUGCAUAACGAUGGCCAAACUAAGGGACCAAAGGGCCUGGACAUUAACGUGAUUCCAGCCUGGGUGAAUGGUUACACAGGGAAGGGCAUUGUGGCAACUAUUGUUGACGACGGAUUUGACUACACCCAUCCUGAUCUGAAGAGAAACUAUGACCCAGAGGCCAGCUUUGACUACUCAGAUCCCAAGAACUUGAAUGGAAACCCCAUGCCUGUUCCUGAGUCUUCUGACCCCAUGAAUCAUGGUACAAAGUGUGCAGGAGAGGUUGCCAUGGAGGCAGACAAUGAUAACUGUGGAGUGGGCGUGGCCUAUGAUGCUAAGAUUGGAGGGAUUCGCCUGAUUACGGGCCCUACGAGCGACGCCCAGGAAGCGGCCGCCCUCAGUCACAAACGGGACCACAUCGACGUGUACUCCUGCUGCUGGGGACCUUCAGACAACGGCAGGACUGUGCAGGCACCCGGGGAACUGGUCAGCAGGAUCCUGGAGGACUCCACAACAUACGGCAGGAACAAGAGAGGUAACGUCUACAUCUGGGCCUCAGGAAAUGGUGGCACAAACGAUGAUGAUUGUGGGGCGGACGGGUACGUCUCCAGUAUCUACACCAUCGCUGUGGGAGCUAUCAGUGUGGAUGGCCUUUCCUCAUACUACGCUGAGUCCUGCUCCCCCACUAUGGCCGUAGUGCCGACUGGGGGGCAGCACAGAAUGGACGAUUUUAAUGGCGACUUGGCAAAAAUGGUCCUGCGCGGGGAAGUUUAUGAACGGAAUGUUAUCACCACUGACACGAACCACAAGUGCACUGACCACUUCCAGGGAACGUCCAGCGCAGCUCCAUUGGCCACAGGGAUUGUUGCGCUGACCCUUCAAGCCAACCCUGACCUGACAUGGCGGGAUGUUCAGCAUAUCGUGGUGAGGGGUGCCAAGGUGCCCAACCCUGAGGAGCCCGGCUGGAGUCUGAACGGUGCUGACCUGCAGGUCCACCACAAGUAUGGUUUUGGCAUGAUGGAUGCUAGUGCCAUGGUAAAGCUGGCCCAAGAAUGGACCAAUGUGGGACACCAGCACCGCUGUGUUGUCACCUAUGAUGGCCCAGAACGUGAUAUCCCUGCUGGAGGAGAGGUAGAGCUGGAGUUGGAGGCAGAUGGCUGUCACGACACCAGGGACCUGGUGGAGGUUCUGGAACACGUGCAGUCUGUCAUGACCAUCGACCACCAGCGCCGCGGAGACCUGUCCGUCAAACUCACCUCCCCGAGCGGGACCGAGUCCCAGCUGAUGUCCACGCGGUCGCAGGACGACAGCUCGGACGGGUUCCAGGAGUGGCCGUUCAUGACGGUGUACAACUGGGGCGAGGACCCCAGCGGGAAGUGGACGGUCGCGGUGAAGGACAACCCCGGGAGCAGGCGUAAGAGGAGCAAUGAACCUGUGGGAAAGGUGAGGGCGUGGUCACUGGUUCUGUGGGGAACGCGGGAUGAGGACAAGUUUGACCAGCGUGCGGCAGAGAUGGAGAAAGCUGCGCGCUGCGUGGACGCUGAAGACAAGGAGGACUGUGCUCUUAAGGCGCUCGUCAGCGAUUUCACCAAGGAUUUCACCGACGAAGUCAUGCCAAACGACAUCGUCCCCGCAGACGAGAUGGAAAGCCAGAAGGCAGAAGAAGGUGUGAGUAUCGAUGGCUUACUUAACACCUUCUACCACGCUGUCGACAAGAUACAGCGCGAGAAGGGAAACAAGAACGACAAGAUCCCUGUCACGGUGGAGCAGGCUCGGAAAUUCAUCAGCAACAUGGAGCGACAGGACCCCGCGUGGCUGAAACAUCAGAUCAACGAGUUAGAGGAUCUCAUCCAGACCAUGAAGAAGAUGGACAAAAGGGAGGAGGAAAAGUAAAAGUUGUUCUGUAUCACAGUAACAGUCAGUAACCUUUCAAACAUAGGGACAACAUUCCUGAAGACAAUCAUGUUGUGUACAUCAUGUACAAAAUUAUCUAUUCAUGUACAAUGGACCUGCAUUAUGUAACAUUUUUGCACAAAAUAUCUUGAUUAAAGAAAUCUUCAUGGAGUAUCAUUUACUUCCACUUUUCAACAUAUUUGAAUGUGCAAUUGUCUCACAAAUUUCUCCCACAUGAUGUGCACUCAUUUUGUGUGCCACCACAAAAUACCAAAAUAUAAACAAACAUGGCUGACAGCUGUGUUUCCAGAUUUUAAACACACUCAUAUUUUGGUACCUCCACUUCCUCAAUGGCACUUGCAAUGGAGUAGGGUUGAUUCAACUUACUUUGUAAGGAAAUGACCAGAAAAUUGACUUUUUGCAUCGCCCUAAUGUUACAUAAUGCAGCUUUAAGAGCAGUUUUUGAUGGCCUGGUAGGUCUUUCUUAGGCGGUAAGAAUUGUGGCAUGUGUGAUAGGGAUUGUCUUUACCAUACUGCUGGUUCACUCUACAUAUAAGAGAGACUUGGCUUCCAUGGUAUCAGAUGACUUGUGCAAUACCUGGUGGAUAUGUUAUGAAUUGCAGGCCACUACUGUUUAUUUAAUAGAAGCCUUUAUCAGCAUGCCACAAUCAAAAUAUCUUGGUUUGGUGUGAUAGAAUAUAAUGCUGGAAAAAUUUUGCCAAGUCAACAUGCAAAACACUAAAAUAAUCAAGUACUGCUCUUUUUGAAGAUAUCUAUUCCUUGGCCCACAAGUUUAUGGAGAAAGGUUAGUGACUGUUACAGCUUUCUUUGACACAGGACUUUUUGAAUCUGCUUGCUUUGGUCCUGGUGCAGUUUAUGUAUGGUAUCAUGAGAAAAAUUAGAUAAUCAGAUGUUUCAAUUAUGGUAAAGGUUUAAGAAGAGAAUUAUGUGGUGAAAUUGGCCUGAAAAUGUGCAAACAUGUAUGUCAGUCCAACUGUAGGGGUACAAAACUUUAGCUGAGGGGAUUGGACUAAUUUUCAAACACAAUUUUAGGUCUGAGGGUUGGAGGCUACUAAUAAUAUCAUUCCUUUAUCUGUGAAGACCACAGAUAUUAAAUGUAACAUUACAUAUCAUAAGGAUUAUGUUGACAUGUGCAGUACUUGUGGCAUCUUGAAUCAUGUUGAGAUUAGUCAGAUAUUCACACCUCAUUUUUUUGCACUAACUUUAAUUCAGAAGUAUAGAAAGGAAUACUGUUUUUAACUUUUGUACUUGCCAAUCACUGACAAUCCAAUAUGAAAUGCAACAAAGUGAGCGUGAUUUGUAUAUCUUGCAUAUCCUUUAUUAGGUAAUAUAUUUUCAUUGAUGAUUUUAUGAUCAUAUCUACUUAGAACAUUCCAAGUUUAUAUAUAAAGAGGUGUAUGUAUUCAAGAUGGCUAAGGAAGUUUUUAUAACUGGUUUGCAGUGUUGGUAUAUAGUCUGUGGUGAAUAGUGCAAUGGCAAGUAAUGUUACAGCAGAGAAGAGGCAUUCAAUCAUAGAAUUAUGGAUAUUAAAUGAUGUUAAGUAAUAUCUCUGCACUGGGAUGCGUGCUGCUUCUAAUAUGCAUUCCAUGAUGUUCAUUGACCAAAGAAUCUGUUUGUUUUCAAGUUUUGUCCAAAACAAGGAAGGCAGAAAAAUGUUGAGUCAGAUUUCACUUUCUGUUUCCAUCAUGGAGUGCCUUUGUUGCCCUGUAAAACAGCAAUCAUAGAUCUGGUUUUGGAAUGCACAGAAACAUUUUUGCAAUGUAGUAUUGUUGUAAUCAAUGGUGUCAUACUUUGUAAUGUGCUACAGACACAAGUUUGAACCCUUCUUUGUCACGACAUAGCAACUCUAAAUGUUACCUUAUGGUUUAAACAUAAUAUUAUCGUAGUGAAAAUUAUGCUCACAACAUGCAUCAAGUAAUAAUUACAAUGUAUGAUGCAGGAUGCUGGCACGUAGUAUAGAUACAAGUGCAAAAACAGAUCAAGGAAACAUAUCCACCUCACAAGUUUCAUUAUAAUUAUUGUACAAGAAGGCAAUCAGAAUGGUGUUUUAAAGUGACUCGUACUAGAUGAUGUUAUAACUUACAUCAUGGAUAUCAAAUUGAAAAUGUAAACGAGUUUGAGUUGUUUCUGUGGUAUCAAUCAUGUAACUUGAACUUUAAAUUAGUCUAUCAAUAAAAUGGUUUUUGCAUAUCUAAUA